AUGUCUACACUGGCGGAAAUUAAUCUCAUUUCCUCGUAUAAGCGCAGAUACUUCCGAACUAUACCUCCGGUGAGCAAGACCAUUUUAGUGACCUGUUUGAUGACUACAAGUGCCUAUUACCUGCAACUUUUUGAUUACCAGAACAUUUCUCUGGAUUAUGGCCUUGUCUUUAAACAAUACCAGGUGUGGAGGCUCUUCACCAAUUUCAUCUUCCUCGGACGCUUUUCAUUCCCGUAUGCUGUGGAGAUCUUCAUAAUAGCAAAAUAUAGUGUGUCACUGGAGAAAGGACCCUUUGACAAGAGAACUGCAGACUAUCUGUGGAUGCUCAUCUUUGGAUCAAUGUCACUUUUGGUGAUGUCUAUUGUUCCAUUAUGCCGAUUAUGGUUUAUGGGGUCUUCUUUGGUUUUCAUGAUCGUCUAUGUUUGGUCUCGUGAGUUCCCAAAUGAACGCAUUAAUGUGUAUGGGGUUGUUUCUUUGAAGGGAUUCUAUCUUCCGUACGUAAUGAUGGCUCUUGAUUUGUUGCUUGGAAAUUCAUUGAAGCCAGACAUGUUAGGGAUAGUUGCAGGACAUCUCUACUACUUUCUAACGGUGCUUCAUCCUCUUGCUGGUGGAAAAAAUAUGCUCAAGACUCCUCUAUGGGUGCAUAGAAUAGUAGCGUACUGGAGUGAGGGAACUCAAGUCAAUGCUCCAGUGCAGAGUAGCCCAUACACCGGAGUUGCAUUCAAAGGAAGAAGCUUCCGACUCAACGGAAAUAUGCGAAGAACAACCACAGCUCCGGAGCAGCCACAAACAAACACUGUCCCGCAGCCUAACCAGGGUGAUGGAGUGGCUUUUCGGGGAAGAAGCCAUCGACUCGACCGGAGUUAGUUAAUUAGUCUACAAGCGUA